AUGAUGCAACUAGAGAGGAGUGCCCAGAGUUUCAACUCUAAAUACAGGCAAAACUCUUUCACGUAUGAAGUUAAGCGAGAAGUGUACAAUGAGGAGAUCUUUCAACAGGAACACAGAAGGAAGGCUGCUUCCUCUGGGAACACGGACAUCAACAUCACGACUUUCAGACAUCAUGUCCAGUGCCGAUGCUCAUGGCACAAAUUCCUAAAAUGCAUGCUCACAAUCUUUCCCUUCCUAAAAUGGAUAUGUAUGUAUCGAUUCAAGGAUUGGCUUCUUGGAGACUUACUUGCUGGUGUAAGUGUUGGCCUUGUGCAAGUUCCCCAAGGCCUGACAUUUAGUUUACUAGCAAGACAACUGAUUCCUCCUCUCAACAUCACUUAUGCAGCUUUCUGUUCUUCGGUACUUUAUGUAAUUUUUGGAUCAUGUCAUCAAAUGUCCAUUGGUUCCUUCUUCCUUGUGAGUGCUCUGAUGAUCAACGUCCUGAAGGUGAGCCCAUUCAGCAAUGGUCACCUGGUCUUGGGAACUUUCAUCAAGGAAAACUUUUCUGCCCCCUCCUUCUAUGAGGACUAUAACACAUCCUUGAGCGUGGUGGCAGCCACAACUUUUCUGACUGGGAUUAUUCAGCUAUCAAUGGGCGUGAUAGGUUUUGGCUUCGUUGCCACUUACAUUCCAGAGGCUGCAGUCAGUGCUUACCUGGCUGCUGUGGCGCUGCACAUCAUGCUGUCCCAGCUGACUUUCAUCUUCGGGAUUAUGAUUAGUUUCCAUGCUGGUCCCCUGGCCUUCUUCUAUAACAUAGUUCACUAUUGUGUAGAUCUCCCAAAAGCUAAUUCCAACAGCAUUCUACUAUUUCUAACUGUUGUUGUUGUUCUGAGAAUCAACAAAUGUAUCAGAAUUUCUUUCAAUCGGUAUCCCAUCGAGUUUCCCAUGGAAUUUUUUCUGAUUCUUGGCUUCACUGCAAUUGCAAACAGGAUAAACAUAGCCACAGAAAACAGCAAGAUGCUCAUUGACAUGAUUCCUUAUGGCUUCCUGUUUCCUGCAUUGCCAGAUUUCAGCAUUCUUUCCAAGGUUAUUUUACAAGCCAUCUCUUUAGCUUUGGUGAGCUCCUUUCUGCUCAUAUUUCUGAGCAAGAAGAUUGCCAGUCACCAUAACUACAGAGUCAAUACUAAUCAGGAUUUAAUAGCCAUCGGCCUUUGCAAUGUCGUCAGUUCAUUUCUCAGAUCUUGUGUGUUUACUGGUGCUCUCGCCAGGACUAUUAUCCAGGAUAAAUCUGGAGGAAGACAACAGUUUGCAUCUCUGGUAGGCGCAGGUGUGAUGCUGCUCCUCAUGGUGAAGGCGGGAAGCUUUUUCUACAAACUACCAAAUGCUGUGCUGGCUGGUAUUAUUCUGAGCAACGUCCUGCCCUACCUUGAAACCAUUUACAACCUACCCAGUCUGUGGAGGCAGGACCAAUAUGACUGUGCUCUCUGGAUGGUGACAUUCUCAGCUGCAAUUUUCCUAGGACUGGACAUGGGACUGCUCAUUUCAUUAGUUUUUGCUUUCUUCAUCAUAACUGUCCGUUCACACAGAGCUAAGAUUCUUCUCCUGGGCCAAAUCCCUAACACCAACAUUUAUAGAAGCAUCAAUGAUUGUCGGGAGAUUGUAAGCAUUCCUGGGGUGAAAAUCUUCCAGUGCUGCAACUCUAUUACAUUUGUAAACGUUUACCACCUAAAACACAAGCUGUUAAAAGAGGUUGAUAUGGUAAGGGUGCCUCUUAAAGAAGAAGAAAUUUUCUGCCUGUUUAAUCAAAGUGAUACCAACCUACAGAACGAAAAGAUUUGUAGGUGUUUCUGCAACUGUGAUGACCUGGAGCCACCGCCCAGGAUUGUUUACACAGAACGAUUUGAAAAUAAACUGGAUCCCGAUGCAUCCUCCUUUAACCUGAUACGCUGCUCACGUUUUGAGAGCAGGAACAUGAGCCAAUCUGUGUCCGAUGACCAAGUGCCAUACACAACAUCUUCCAUAUCUCAGAGAAAUCAAGGGCAUAACUAUGAGGAGAUGGAGAAAGUUCAGCUUCCUACGAAUCCCUCAAGAAACAGUUCGCUACCACUGCCUGAUGCUAUGCAAAGUCAUGGGGGGAGUAGAUUGCUCAUCCCUCACUCAGAUGGGCCUCGUUCACCCAGCACCCACACCAUCAUCCUGGACUUCUCCAUGGUGCAUUAUGUGGAUUCACAGGCUUUAAUCAUAUUAAGACAGAUGUGCAAUGCUUUCCAGAAGGCCAACAUUUUGGUGCUCCUUGCAGGGUGUCACUCUUCUGUAGUGAGAGGAUUUGAGAGAAAUGAUUUCUUUGACGAUGGCAUCACCAAGGCCCAGCUGUUCCUCACCAUCCACGACGCUGUGCUGUUUGCGUUGUCAAGAAGGAUUCCAGAUUCCCCUGAGUUAAGCAUGGAUGAAUCUGAGACAGUGAUACGGGAAACCUACUCAGAAACAGACAAGAAAGACAACUCAAGAUCUAACAUGAGAGGAAGUUUUCUAGAAAAGCCAAAAAAUGUAAAUCCAGGCUUCACCAAGAUCCAGGAGGCAGGAGAAGAGAAUUCAGAGCUAGAUUUGAUGCUGGAUCACAUGCUGGAUUCAGAACAAGAGCCUGGGCUGGAUACAGACCUAGACCUGGAUCAGGAGCUGGAGCCUCAGUCAGAGCUGGAGCCUGAAUCUGAGCUGGAGCCUGAAACAGAGCCUGAGCUUGAGCUGGAGCCUGAGACUGAGCCUGAGCCUGAGACUGACCCUGGUCUGGAGCUGGAGCUGGAGAUGGAGAGGGCACCCGAGCCCAAAUCCAGGCCAAAUGCUCAUACUCAUUUUCGGCAGCAGUACUGGCCUGUUUAUCAGCCUGUGGCUCCCAGCUCCCAGCCUCAGACUCAGCCUCCACCACGGUCAGCGGAAAGGAGACAUCAACAUAGGGAUUCAUAA